AAGUGAAAUAUCCAUUAUUGAGAGUGCCUUCAGGCUCAUGUGGUUGAUAUUCUUUCUUUCUCUAAUUACAAUUCUUGGAGAUAAAAGAAUCCAAAGAGGAGAGAAUUUCAGCAAAACCAAGAGAAGACAGAAAUGGAGAUUCAAGCUCAGGAAGCAGCUCAAAAUGAUACUCAAAUUCUGUAUGAAGCAAGCAUGAGGGGAUGUGUAGCCACCUUGAACACAUUGAUACAGAAUGAUCCAUUCAUUCUCCAUAAAAUUUCACUCACUCCCUUCACUGAAACUCCCUUGCACAUCUCAGCUUUGCUUGGUCAUGUUGAGUUCACCAAGGCUAUUGUGAGCCAAAAGCCUCAAAUUGUCAGAGAGUUGGACACUUUCAAACGCUCACCGCUUCACUUGGCUGCUGCUGAGGGCCACAGGGAGAUUGUCAAAGAGCUGUUAAUAACAAAUAAGGAAGUAAGUAUGGUUGCUGACCAAGAGGGGAGAAUUCCUCUCCAUUUGGCUGCAAUGAGAGGGAGAGUAGAGGUGAUACAAGAGCUAAUAAGUGCAAAACCUGAGUCAAUUCUUGUGCAACUCCAUGGAGAAACAGCUUUACAUUUGUGUGUUAAGCAUAAUCAUUUGGAUGCACUCAAAGUAUUGGUGGCAUCAGUUGAUGAUGAGGAGUUUCUCAACUCCAAAAACCUUGAAGGAAACUCUAUCUUGCAAGUAUCUAUUGUGUUGCAGCAGUAUGAGACCACAAGCUACUUGCUUUCCGUGCCAAAAAUGAGAGUGGAUUUGAACUCCUUGAUCAAAAAUGGCUUUCCAGCCUUUGAUGGAAGCUGCAGGAACGGCACAACUCAAAGCAAUUUACAGAAGAAUCCCAUCAAAGAAACAACCACCAAAGUUCAAACCACUCAAUCACCCCAAAAGUUAAAAUCAAUAAUAACAUCAUUCUUCAAAUGGAGAAGGCUCAUCAACUACAAGAGCGACCACCAUGAAAAAAUAAGAGGCAACUUGAUGGUGGUGGCUAGCUUGAUUGCCAACAUGAGUUUCCAGAUUGCAACAAACCCACCAGGUGGCUACUGGCAAGCAGACGCCACUAAUCUGAAAGAAGAAACCUGCCCAAAGGGGGUUUGCAGAGCUGGAACUUCAGUUCACGCAUACACUCAUGAAAAUGAGUACCACUUAUUAACAUUCGUGAACACAGUCUCAUUCUCAGCAUCGCUCAGCAUAAUUUUGUGGCUCAUUAGUGGAGUUCCUCUUAGGAAUAGAGUUUUUGUGGGAAUUUUGCUGGUAAAAAUGUGGGUUACGGUGCUGUUUAUCGCCGGUGCAUACUAUUUGUCAAUAAGGUUGGUGAUGCCACAUGAAAUGCUUGAUAGUAUUAGUAACUGGUACCCAUGGGUUUAUGUUUGGUCGCUCAUCGCUAUAAUUUUUAUACAUGUAAUAAGAUCUUGCUGGUGGGUGUUGAAGAAGCUGUUCAUGGGGGUGAUUUUUGCGGCUAAAUGGUGCUGUUUUAGGAAGAAAAACCAGCUUGAUCAGCCUGUGGUGAGUGUUUAGAAAGAUCAGAUUUAAUCUUAUCUAUUGACGUGGGGACAUUUGAUCAAUAAAUUCUAUAUGAACAAUAAAAUUUUAUGUAAUCUAUUGAUAGACUUGUCAUAUUCUAUCAGUUAGUGUUGCAUUAUGAGUUCUUAUUUUGGAUAGAAAUGGGGUGGAAUAAGAAGUUGAAAAAAUUAAAUUUAAUAAAUGUUUGAUUUAUUAUUUAUUUUUCUUAAA